GUCGCGGCGGGGCCGGGGCCGGGACCGGGUGGCGACGGCGGGCGGCGCAGAGCGGCGGCGGCGGGCGGGCGGCGAGCAGCGUGGCCGCCGUCUCGGCGGGCCGCGGGGCAGCGGGCGCUCCGCCCUCGGUGCGCGGGGGCCUCCCCCUCUCCGCGCCCGCGGAGCGCCGGCGCCCGCCUAUAUCUACGGCCGCGGCGGCCCUCCGCCCGCAAGGAUGUGAGGCGGGCGGGCAGCCCAGCCGCCGCCGUGGCAUGCCCCCCCGCGCCCGGAGCCGUCGGCGCGGCGCCUAGCCGCGGCUCCGCGGGGCGAUGCUGCCCUGGAAGCGGAGCAAGGUGGAGCUGGUGGCGGGCGAGGGGCGGCGGCAGAGCAAGCCCAAGGGGUACGCGGUGAGCGUCCACUACUCGGCCCUCACCUCGCUGGCCCGCGCCUGCCCCGAGAGCGCCCUGCACCGCGUGGGCAGCAUGUUCCGCUCCAAGCGGCGGAAAUUCCGCGUGACCAGCGAGGACCCCACGUACACCGUGCUCUACCUGGGCAACGCCACCACCAUCCAGUCCAAGGGAGAGGGCUGCACUGACCUGGCCGUCUGCAAGAUCUGGAGCAAGAGCGAGGCCGGCCGGCAGGGCACCAAGAUGAAGCUGACCAUCAGCGCGCAGGGCAUCCGCAUGGCCCACGCCGAGGACAAGGGGCUGCGCCGGCCCGGCCACCUCUACCUGCUGCACCGGGUCACCUACUGCGUGGCCGACCCGCGGCUACCGCGCGUCUUCGCCUGGAUCUACCGCCACGAGCUGAAGCACAAGGCGGUGAUGCUGCGCUGCCACGCCGUGCUGGUCUCCAAGCCCGAGAAGGCGAAGGCCAUGGCCCUGCUGCUCUACCAGACCUCGGCCACGGCGCUGGCCGAGUUCCGGCGGCUGAAGAAGCGGGACGACGCCCGGCACCAGCAGCAGCAGCUGGUGGGCGAGGAGAGCAUCCCGCUGGUGCCGCUGCGCAAGCUGCUCAACGGGCAGUGCUGCUACAAGCCGCCGGUGGAGCGGAGCCGCAGCGCGCCCAAGCUGGGCUCCAUCACGGAGGACCUGCUGGGCGAGGAGCAGGAGGAGCGGGCCAUGCACUGCGACUGCGAGGACAUCCUGGAGGCGCUGGGCGAGCCCGAGGGCGAGCUGCUGCGCGCCGGCGCCGGCCGCGGCGAGGGCCCGGAGCUGGGCCAGCUCCUCCGCGAUUUGGGCGAGCUCAGCCUGGGCAACGACCUGCGCUCGCUGCGCGCCGACCUCCGCGUCCGCCGGCUGCUCUCCGGCGAGAGCACGGGCAGCGAGUCCUCCCUGGAGAGCAACGGCCCGGACGGCGCCGCCCCGCCCUGCAACGGCGCCGAGCAGCCGCCCCCCGGCGACCCCGAGACCGGCUGAGCCCUCGGCCGCCCCGGGGCUGCGCGGUCCCUUCCGGGCGUGCACGGCCCUGCCGGGGCGCGCCGGGGUCCCUCCGGGAGCGCACGGUCCCUCCGGGACUCACCGGGUCCCUCCGGGUACCCUCCGGGAGUGCAUGGUCCCUCCGGGAGCGCACGGUCCCUCCGGGACUCACCGGGUCCCUCCGGGUCCCCCCCGGGAGUGCAUGGUCCCUCCGGGAGUGCACGGUCCCUCCGGGACUCACCGGGUCCCUCCGGGUCCCCCCCGGGAGUGCACGGCCCCGCCGGGGAGCUCACGACCCCACCGGGGGUCACCGGGUCCCUCCGGGAGUGCACGGUCCCUCCGGGAGCCCUGGUUCCCUGCGGCGCCCCCGCGUCCCGCAGCAUCCCGGGCAGCGGCCGCCCCUCCCGGUGCCGGUGGCCGCCGGAGCCAGGCCCCAGCCCGCCGCGUCCCGAGGAGGGGAGGCGGCCGCGGGCUGUUUACCUCCGGCUCAGCCCUUGAAGAUCUGCCAAAUUCCUGGAAUAGCUUUCCCCUGGGAGGGCGGCGGGAGGGAGGUGUUGCGCCUUGUUUACAGUCAGAAAUCUCACAUCCGAGAGGGCCCCUCCCGCCGUUUUCUACAUUAAAGUCACUCCAUCGUGCUGUCGUGUCCGAGAGGUUUGCACUGUUGUGAAUUUUUUUUUUUUUUUAAUUAUUAUUAUUUUUAAGUUAGACCCUUUUUUUGGGCCCCGGUCCUGUCCCCGGUCUCCAUGCUCUAGAUCUUUUGCUGUGCAAAAGAAGACUCUACUUGUGGCUGUUCACCUGUACAUAGGGAAAUGUAUGCAAAUACAUUUUGUUAUUUUUAAGAACACCACCAUUGCGAUCUCCUCUGUUUGCACAUACGUGAAGAAAAUAAAGAUGACAGUUAAUUUAA